AUGACUGCAAUUACUUAUAUUUUUAGCCUAGGAAAGAGGCAUGGCAUCAUUAAGAAUAUGUUGGUCUUAGAACUAUCUAAAGACAUUUCUACUGUUAGUAUGAAGCCAGUUAUUAUAAACUCUACUGAGGAUCGAAUGGAGAAAAUGAAUCUAAUAGCAGAGUGCUGUAAAACAAGACACUCUCUAUGCAUACUACAACAUACUUCCAAACUUUACGCUGUGGUUUUGUCUGAAAUAUCGCAGUAUUUCUUUAAGCACUCAAUUGCUUUAUUUCUCCCUUCCCUGGAUAACCUUUCAAGCAGUUCAGUUGCAUUUUUUUCGUAUACGUACCAAAGUAUCUGA